CGAAAAACUACAAAACCGUAUAAUUAGUGACUAUUUCUCUAAAUCUGGAAUUGAGUACAAUUUGGGACGCAUUCCCAUCGGAGGCUCAGACUUCUCGACCCAUGCCUACAGUUAUGACGACAACUUUGCGAGUGAUUAUGACUUCAAGCACUUCACUCUCGCUAAAGAAGAUUCCGAUUACAAAAUUCCGUACCUCAAAGCUGCAAAAACUAUAAACCCAGAUGUCAAAUAUUUUGGUAGUCCGUGGGCACCCCCUGCGUGGCUCAAAACUAAUGGAAAACUCAAUAAUGGGGGUUAUCUGAAGGGAAAUCCAGGUGGUACAGAAUAUAAGGCUUUUGCUCAUUAUAUCGUUAAGUUUUUGGAUGCAUACAAAGCACUAGGCCUUCCCAUGUGGGGCAUAACUGUGGAGAAUGAGCCCAAAGCGGGCAAUGAUCCCAACUAUAAAUUCAA